UGUCAAUAAAUCACUUUAAAAUUGUUUACAUUUUUUUAAAUAGAAAAUUCAUUAUAAUAAAUGUUUAUACAAAAUACAAUCAUAAAUUAAAAAUCUAAAAUUUUUUAUACUUGUAGUUGGAAAAAAGUACUCUUCUUGAUAAGAUAUACAUUACUAUUCUUAAAUAAUUGAGAUAUUAAUAAUGAUUUUUAAUCAAUAUUGUGUGUUUACAAUCUUCUUUGGGAUACUAUGUAAUAUACAAUUUAUGACGUGUAGUUGGUUUAAAGAGACAUCGUCACAAGAAACAAUAUCGGAACCGGAGACUUUUGAUGAUACAGAAGAACUUAAAGUAGCACUGAAACUUGAUACAGGAUUUUCUUAUGAACCCAUCUCUCUAAUAUUUGAAACGAAUUUAGAUGAAUUGAAAGGUAUGAUAAUUAAGGAAGAAAAACCAAAAUCAUUUAUAUUGUUCACUAAACCACAAAUUAUGUACUACGACCUUUAUUGCAGUAAUUUAUAUAAUCUUUUACAAUACACGAGCCAUCUUGAAUAUAUAUUAAACAUUGAAUUUUAUAUGAAUAAAAAUAAAUACGAUUAUUUAUUGUUGAAUGAAUUUAUUGUUAAAAAAAUGCUAUCUGUAUUAAUAAAGUUAGAUCUAACUAAACAUUUAAAGCCUUUUUGGUAUAUGUACAUGUUUGUAAUUUACAUAAAAAAAAUGACUCUCCACGAUUAUUUAUUGGUAAAAUCAUAUGUUAUUAAAACUUUAAGACAUAUAAACAAUUUAUUAUCGUCAUAUGCAAAACAUGAUUGUCGGAAAAACAAUAAAUACGACUUAACAGAUAAAUUUGAAGAAGAAAAAUAUAAACUAGAUGAUGAAGACAGGAUUUUAAGGAUAGGACACGUCAUUUCGAUAAUGGUACAUAGAAAUAAUAUUAAUAAUAUUUUACUUCACGGUGAAGAAGCAGAAAAUUGGGUUUCUCUCAAAAAAAUUUAUUUUUACGAAAUUAUUCAAAAUACUAAUAUUUUGAAAACUAUAAUAGAAGAUUUCGGGGAACAAAGUGAGGAAAAUUACAUAAAUAUUAUUAAAGAUUUAAAUAUUGCAUAUCUAGCUGCAAAGAAUUAUUAUUGGUUUGAUGAAUGGAUUUCAAAAAUUAAAGUUUAUCAUAAUAAAAUCUUUAAUAUAUUUCGAGUCGUAACUUUACAUUUAAUUAGAAAGCAUCAAAUGUAUUUAAUAAACGAGAAUGAAGAAAUUGUUAUAGAGUAUAAUAAUAAAAUGUGGGAUUUCUUUCAUCAAAAUUUUUAUAUAUUUCAUAAGAUGUUGUUUUCUGAUCUCGAAGACUUUAAAAGCAUCUCAGCAUUAUUCAAAAAUAAACCAAGUAAUUCAAAUGAAACCUAUGAUGACAUAAGUUCUAAUAUCAUAUCAAAUAUUGAAAAUAAAAUACAAAAAGCCUUUGUUGUUAAGUCAUUUGAAAUAUUACCAAUAGAAGUUAAUAAUAAAAAAUAUAACAGGGAUUCAAUUAACAUAACUAAAAAACUUAGUUCAUACGUUCAACUAAGCAAAGUAACACAAUUUAAAAUAAAAAUGUUUCAAAAUAUCUCCAGUAUCGAUGGUUUAAAUGAUAACUUCCUAAGGCUUAAUGUUUUUCUAGAGUAUUUAAUGAAAGUAUUUAUAAGUGAACAUAAAUUUAAGGUAUUCGAGACAUUCAUGAAUUUUAGUUCGGACUUCGAAAUAACUAAAGAUCAAGAAGUAGAAAAUGAAAGAUAUCUUGAUUUAAAAUGUAUAUAUUAAAAUCAUUAAAUUGACUUAUAAUUGUUUUCCGUAAAUUAAUUUAAUUUUGAGUUUUAAAUAACAAUAAAAUAAAUAAUUUUUGAACAGUUA